CCUACUGUUCAUUCUAGUGUGGAAGCAGACUUAGAAACACUGGAUUUGCCUUCGUAUGUGUUGGGGGAGAGUUGCGACAAAAGGUAUUUGAUGCUGGGUGGCAUUGGUGGAUGCGGUUGGGUCGAAGUUGUGCGUGAAACUGUUUGGGAGGAGGAUGAAUCAAUGUGCAUGGUUGGUUCCUUCCCGUGGUUCAACUAUAGCUGGGUGGGUGGCAUCUGCCGUGUGGUGGGCUCUCGAUCAAUUGACUCGGCUUGAGGCUAGGUUAGGGCUUUUGUGGUUGUUGUGUGACCAUGCUAGAUCAACGAGGAUUGUUGGUGGCGGUAAUACUUUAGGGAUCUCAUGACCUGUCUUGAUUGACAGUUGUGGGUCUCCAUUCCGCUUUAGGAUUCAACAACCAUCAAUGUACGUUGCACUGAUCAUCCUUGGGAGUGCUGCUAGCAUCCACUUGGUUGGCGUUCUUGCCUUUUUUUGCUUGCCUGCACGGUCGAUUAUUGGUCUUGAGGUUGAAAUGACGAGGUCGUUUUUAUGAUAUGUUUAGUUGUUUGCAUUUUCUGGCUAUGAAUUUGCGUUUAAAAAGGGGAUUUCAAUCUUAGAUUGGUCUUUGUUUGAUCUGUUUGCAUCUUUUUGGAUUUCUUAGAGGGAACUCGGGUUGUCAUCAUUGCUAUGUUUUGUUGUUUAUGUUUGACAUUCUGCGAAGAAACUGUUAGUGAACUCUUUAUAUCAUCCAAGUCCAUCCUUUCGGGACUGCGUGCAUUUGCUCAUCUAUUAUCUAAGAAGUGUUGUUUUUGUUAAAUAAUAUUUAUGUUGUCUUAUUUAUUAAGGAUAGAAUAGUACUUUUAAUUUAACCUAUAUACACUUUAUUUGUAUUUAGAUUAAGACUAAGAAUUCAUAAUAUACAGAUUAUUUAGAAUUAUAGCCUCCUUUUUGUAUUUGAUCUCAAUUAUUUUAACAUGGUACCAGAGCUGGUUUUAUGAAACGAGGCUUAAUCCUGAACACAACUUCGCGGAUCCAACUAUUUUUGUAUUUCGUCUUCCCUUCAGCUUUUGCAAUUUGGUAUUUCCGUUCCGUUUCUGCAAAUUUUUUUUGUGUUUUGGAGUAAUCGUAUAAUUUUGAAAAGAUAUUUGUUUAGUUUCUGCAAUCUCUGUUCAGUUUUUGCAAUUUGGUAUUUUGUUUUCCGCUGCUUUUGCAUUCUGGUUCUCUGUGAUUGUUGAUUAUGGCUACUGAAAGAGAUGAUUCGCUUCAGUCUGUGAGUGUGAGGUAGGAUGGGAAGAACUAUUCGUAUUAGAGCUAUGUAAUGAGAAAUUUUCUUAAGGGUAAGAAGAUGUGGGGGUAUGUUAGUGGAGCUUAUAUGAUACCUAAGAAUAUUGAGGAGGGGGGUGUUGUUUUGAUAGAUACAUGGGAAGCAAAUAAUGCAAAGAUCAUUACUUGGAUCAACAAUUCUGUUAAGCAUUUGAUAGGUACGCAGUUGGCGAAGUAUGAGACAGCAAAAGAGGUUUGGGAUCAUCUGCAAAGGUUAUUCACGCAAUCAAAUUUUGCAAAAUAGUAUCAGUUAGAGAAUGACAUACGAGCUCUUUACCAGAAGAAUAUGAGUAUUCAGGAGUUCUAUUCUGCCAUGACAGAUCUUUGGGAUCAAUUGGCUCUUACAGAAUUGGCAGAAUUAAAAGCAUGUGGUGCUUAUAUUGAACGUAGAGAGCAGCAACGAUUGGUACAAUUUUUAAUAGCACUUCGCAGUGAUUUCGAAGGACUUAGAGCAAUUCUGCAUCGUUCUCCACUGCCUUCUGUUGACUCUGUUGUUAGUGAGUUAUUGGCUGAAGAAAUACGUCUUCAGUCUUAUUCUGAAAAGGGAAUUCUUUCUGCUUCAAAUCCUUCUGUACUAGCAGUACCUUCUAAGUCAUUCUCUAAUCAUCAGAACAAGCCUUCCACAAGGGUUGGCUUCGAUGAGUGCAGUUUCUGUAAGCAAAAAGGUCAUUGGAAGGCUCAAUGUCCUAAGUUGAGACAACAGAAUCAAGCUUGGAAGUCUGGCAGUCAGUCACAAUUUAAUGCUCAUCGACCAUCUCAGGGUUAUAAACCACCACAUCACAAUACUACAGCAAUAGCUUCCCCAAGCUCUAUUACCGAUCCUAGUACUUUGGCUGAGCAAUUUCAGAAGUUUCUCUCCUUGCAGCCACAAGCAAUGUCCGCUUCUUCCAUAGGUCAAUUGCCUCAUAGUUUCUCAGGAUCUGCAGUCUCAGAAGCUGAUUGGGACAGGCCGUAGGGAGAAUGGACUAUAUAUUUUGGAUGAGUUAAAAGUGUCAGUUGCUGCUGCUACUACUGUUGAUUUGUCUUCAUUUCGUUUGAGUUUUUCAUCUUCUAGUUUUUAUUUAUGGCAUUCCCGUCUAGGUCAUAUUUCAUCUUCUCGUUUGAGAUUUUUGGCAUCCAUAGGAGCUUUAGGAAAUUUAAAAACUUGUGACAUUUCAGAUUGUAGUGGAUGUAAACUGGCAAAAUUUUCUGCUUUACCUUUUAAUCGAAGUAUUUCUGUUUCAUCUUCA